AUGAACCCUUUAUUAUUUGAAGAAGCACUUGGAGAAGAAGAUGAAUAUCAAAGAUUAACAAAAAUUAGUGAUGCAAUCAAAUUGGUAGCUGGGACUAUAAUGAGGAUUAAAACUUUUAAUAAUUGGCAGAUCUUGAAAUACAGUAAAAAUACCUUAAUCAUUUAUUUAGUGAUUUGUUCUUAUCCCUUUUAGCAAGAAGUAAUAUAAUUAUUGAUGAAUACGAUCUUCGACUAUUUUUAAGAUAUUGAUUUUCUUAACACCUUUGAAAAAGCUUUACUGGAAAUAGCUUAAUUGAAAGAGCAAAGAGUGUUUCUAAGCUCUCGAUCUUCAUCCCUUAGAAUUGGUGUACUUCAGCAAAAGUAGUAAUUUAAAUUAGAAGUUAGUUAUAAUAAUAUGAAUAUACGAAACGAACAACUUAAAUAAAGUUCUAUUCCAUUUGCCAAACCAGUAAUUGAGUAAUUGACAGUGGCAAAAAGGUUUGCAGCUACUUUUAUUAAAAAAUACAUAAUAUUGGCAAAAUCUUUGAAUUAAGACAUCAAAGAAAGAGUCUACAUAAUAAAGGAUUUUGUAGUCAAUACUAGAGAUCAUCAUUUUAUAAUCCUAUUAAUCAACACAUUUGACGAAUUAAAAUAAUUUGAACUAAGAGAUUAAAGUUGGGUAGUUCGUUUUGAUCAUGAAAUUGAAUAAUAUUGCGCUUAACACAAUAUCUUAGUGCCUCAUUACAUAGAAAAGCAAGAGAAGCAUCGUUAAAUUGAGUAAAAUUCAUCAGGUAGCGAAUCAGAAGAGGAUAAAGAUUCUGAAUCAUAAUAACAUCUGUCGUCUAACUCAAAUUCUGCUAGUGGAAAGUAAUCUUUAAUGGAUGAGGAGGAGUUGAUAUAAAAAUGGAUAGCAUAAAAAUAAUUUAUCAUAGAAUAAUAACAAUUAGAGAUCUUAUCUAAAUAUGAAAAUUUACUACUUUUAAUAAGUUUUCUCCUAAAUCCAAGUGAAGAAAUAUUAGAUGACUUUUGGAAAGAUCAAUAUCCAAUUGAAGAGAUCAAUGAUGAUGGAGUUUCUUUAAAGAUAAGAAAUCAGAAAAUUGAAUUCCAUGCCAUAGUGAGAUCCUUCAAAACUGCUCAGAUGUUUCAUCAUAGGUAGAAUUUAGAAAAGCUGCAAUUAUAUAAUUAGAUUUUCCUAUAGAUGUUUUUUAAGUAAACCUCAGAAGCAUUUCAAAUUAAAAAUAGAAAUUUAAAUUUGAAUCAUUUAGCAUUAGCGAUAGAUUCCUUUUUAACUGUCUUUCCUAAAAGUUCAAUGGCUUUGAUUUUAGAAAACUAACUACUGUUUACAUUGUCAAGAUAUAUUUAUAAUCCUUUAGUCAUGGGUUUAUUGAUUGACAUCCAUCAGAUCUAAAUCAAUAAAUAUAAUUUUGGACUCCCUUUUACUGAAUAAAUUUGGAAAUACUAACUCUUUACUGAUUGGUUUAUGUGGGUAUAAAACCUAUUAUACGAAAAAGAAAAUGAUUUAAAGUAAUUAGAGUAUUAAGUGAAAAGUGAAAACAUAGAAUUCAUAGUAAAAAGUCUCAAAGAAUUGUCUAAGAAAGAACUGAAAAUAUCUAAACCAAAAAAUUCAGAUGAAAAUAAAAUUAAAUUAACAUAAUUAUUAGGAUCUCUUUAAGCUGGCAAAAGUUUGAUGAAAUAAAAUACCAAAGAUUAUGAAAAUUGGAAAUUGAACUCAAAAAUAAAAGAACACUUAACAAUGGAUGAAUUUAAGGCUUAAGAUUUUGAUAAUCUCAUGGAAUUUACUAAACAGAGAGAUUCAAUGUAUAAAUAAUAAUUGGAAACAAAGAUCUCAUAAGAAAUAUAAAUCUAGAUUGAUAAUAUACAAUUAAAAAGAUCUUCAAGAGUUCGAAUGUCCUAAACAAAUAGUAUGCAUUAAUAAUCACCAAAGUCUAACUCCAAAUUUUUAUUCUACAACUCCUCAUUUUAAAGUUAAAGCGAUAGUUAGCCAAAUAGUAGCCGUUCAAUUAAAUUACCAUCGAUAUAUACAAGCAAUUAAUACUCUGAAUCCAAAUUUAAUGUAGCCUAAAGUUUUAGUUCUUAAGGGGAAAUUAAUACGAAAAAUAUAAGUAGUUUUGGAUAAACUCCUAAAAAUAGUAAACUUGUAUUAGCUAGUUAAAGAAGACUCAAAACCGAAAGUGAAGAUAUUGGUAUGAAUUAUAUUUAAUCAAAUGAUGGAUUCUCUAGUAGUAGGCUGAUAACAAUAUAUCCAUCCAAACAAGCAUAAAUUAAAUUUGAAUAAUCAAAGUCUGUGUAACGAUAAGACUAAAUCAUGGUUGAAAGUUGUUUACGAUUUUUUAGUGAAAUCCUCAGAACAAUACUAGAUUAUUUUUAGUAGCCUAAUAAGACAAAUUUGUAAUAAUUAAAUGAAUAAAUUCUUAUUCAACAAAUAUUAAGUAUGAAUUUUUUGAAUUUCAUCUUUGAAAUUUAUUUGUCUAGUUUAAUUGAUUAAAAUGUAUAACAGUAAAAAAUAGGAGAACUUUGUGGACAACUCAUUAAUUAAAUAUAUUACAAAAGUCAUCAUAUUGAACUAUUUUAAUUAUUAAGAGAGCAGUUGAGAACUUUGUUUCUAGCUAAUGUAGAUAAUCUAACGAGAGCAAUAGUGGCCAUUAAUAAAUAAAUCAGAUUGUCAUCAAAAUUUGUAAAUAAGUGUUAAUUAUAACUACUAUUAUAAACAUACUUUUUUGGAUUCAAUUUGUUUAGCAUCCAUACAUAGUUACCAAGCACAUCUAAUAUUUUUAAGCAUUUAAAUGAAACUGUAAUGCAUAUCUUUAUCAUAUGGUUUUUUGAUAGUCAAUAAAAUAAUUGCUACUAGUACUUCUUUACUAAAUUUUUAACUAUUUUAUUUGCAAAGGCUCCAGUGCCAUCAUUAACCAAUAUUUUGUUCAAUAUUGGAUUAAUAAAUUCGAUAUAUAAUGCUGUUUAAUCAUUAUGGGUCAAUGGCAUGAAGAGCACUUGUUUUGAGCCAGGGGUCUAUUUUUAUAUAAGAAUGAUCGUAUAUGUGAUAAACAAGUCACUUAAUCAUCGAAAUAUGAUUAUUUUAUAAGAAUAUUUGCAACCCUUAGAAUCUUGGAAAGGCGUUAAGAAACUAAUUCCUGAUGAAGAUUCCAAUUAUAUGAUUGAAUUGUAAGAACUGCUAAAAACAGGACAAACCCCAAUCAGAAAGAUUUAAUUAAAGAAAACUAAACUCGAAAAAUUAAAAUCUUAAUUGACUGUUGAUUGUUUUGAUAGUAAAUUAAAGGAGAUCAAAUAAUUUGAAUAGGCUUAAUUAGAAAAGUAAAAGCAAUCCUUUACACCUAAAGUGCUUUAAUAAGGAAAAAAAAUGUCAAAUAAAUUGAGCCAAAGGUCGUUAAGAAAUAGACCAAGUCUAAAAUCCGAUAAUUGA